AUGGGCGACUAUGUGGAUCUCGUGGGACAUUGGCAAACUGUUGCAGUGCGUACCCUGCUUCACCAGUCAGCCUUUAAUUGCUCACUCGAAUUCACCGCAUGCACAGCAGCUUUGCUUUUUGACUUCUGCAUUACUUUCGACUCAGAGGUUCGUUGGAUAUGGGGGAGAAAGUGGGGGAUCACGAGGAUAGCCUUUGUCAUUUCUCGCUAUCUGCCAGUUGGAACUGUUGCUAUGUACCUAUAUUUAAUAAUUCCCUUGGAUAGACGGCGUCGGGUCAACCCGCGAGGGAAUUCCAUGAAUACUUUGGGUGCUGCUGCUGCUGACGGUCAUGAUUGCAGCUACAAUAAUAAUUCUAAUCUACGUGUGACGCACGAAAAUACUCCAUUGGUUUCUACUGUAUAUUGGGAUGGCAUGAUUUACAUGCUGUGCAUUGCCCUGACCUCUAUGGUGAAUUGCGUGGGCAUUAUCAAGCUUCCUGUAAAUCCAGUCACGGUUGACCUCAUCUUCAAUUCUGAGUUAGAUAAGCCCGCAGGUAGUCGUGCACAGCGUUUUGACUUCGCGCAUCCUGUUCAAUCUACGAGCAACAAACGAAUCGCAGGAUGCCUUUAUAGCUGGGCCAGUUACCUCGAGGGUGGUUAA